AUGGCAAACCCAAGGAAGUUUAGCGAGAAGAUUGCGCUGCACAAUCAAAAACAGGCGGAAGAGACGGCCGAGUUCGAAAGGAUCAUGCGGGAGGUGCUGGACGUCACGUCGAAGGCGUCCAAGAGUGCUAACCUGUCACCGACGACGGGCACCCUGGGCACGUUUCGAGGCGGUUCCCUGCCGAACGUCAAUAAUGAAAACAAACAGUACCAGGAAAAGACGGACGAUGGUUCUAACUUGACCGAACUGAAACCGUACUCGCAGCCGGAAACGAUCAAGGUGAAAAAGGAAAUAACGCCUAAAACCAGCACCCCCAGCCACACGAGAGAGUCUAGAGGUAAAGAAGGUCGAACGCCCGGCGGUCCGAUGCGCAAUCGGCAGGCGAGUCGCAACCAUGACACGUCACCGUACGGCAACAGUACGGUUCACUUAAUUCCUCCGAUGGAAAACAACUGGCACCGUUCGAUCUCGGAUUCGGCAAUCCAUCAGAGUCUCUGUCAAAACCAGCAACAGGACGGCACCCUUCUUACCACUCACACACCCCUAACGCUAAGUCCAACAGUGCAAAGAAAGAUUUCAAAUGCUCAACACAUUUCGAAAGUACACAACAACCACAUGACCAACAAUCAUCAUAAUCAUCAUCAUCAUCAUCACCACCCUAGUAAUCAUCACGACAAUGGAUCAACGCAAGAUAUACGGUCACGCUCCUCUACGGCCCUGCCGAGGUUACCCGGAAUCAAUAUCUAUCCAUCGCAAAACCAUCCCGACAGUAUACAGAUUCCGAUACCGAGCAACACUGGUUCGUUACCGGAUUUAACCUCCGUCGGUUAUCCCUCCAUGUAUCCGGCAACGUUGGAUCAAGAGUACGAUCCAAACGGGCAGAAUCACAGCUACUGUCCGAGUCCGCUUGGUACCUCACCCUCGUCGCUUUCACCAACCUCUGCUAUUCAGAACCAUCACCACCAUCCACAUCCGAGGGCCAACAGCUUCAGUGGCGGUGUCAGCGGAAGCAGUGCAGGUGGAGGGAACGGGUCCAGUGGUGGUGGUGGUGGAGGAGGAGGAAGCGGUGGCAACGGUGUUGGAGGAUACCCCAUUCCUACUAGCCAUUCGAACAGUGGUUCCGUCAGCCCAACGGGUAGCGGUAUCAGCUGUAGUCCCAGUGCGUCUGUAGCCCCAAUCGCGAUCAAUAACGUGAAUUUGGUGAACGCUGUUAAUCACAACAAUGGCGCAAAUCUUAAUAAUGGCACCAAGGGGAAGAAAACGAAACCGCAAACCAUCUCUAGUCAGCCUUUUUUAUCUGUACCAGAUAGUAAUAGAUAUUCGUUUAUGUCGAAGGUCAACAAUACUUAUGACACUAACCAACAGCAACAGUCAGUGCAACAGCAGCAUCAACAACACCAGCAAUCGCAGGCACAGUCUCCACAGCAGCAGCAACAACAAGCGCAACAGCAGCAACGAAUACCAACCCUAGAUCAAAUCAACUACGAUAGCUUCACGCAGAUCACCGACGGUCUGGCGUCACCAAACCAGAACUCUCCCGAAAGCAUACUGUACGGAUCUCAUGGAAAUAUGUCCCCGCAAAUUAUGUCUGACUACCGAACUCGACCUAGUCCCGGUUCAAGUCCUGGGCUUGCGUUAGUGAACAAUCCCGACUCCAAUUCCAGUGCACCUUGUAGUCCAGUGUCCCAUACUGUGGGCAGCAACAAUGGACCAAACUAUGACAAAUAUCCGCCUAAUGAUGUUUACGUGCAAAACACCCUACCACAGUAUUUGGAACACAUAACAUUGGACUGGACUACGCUGGUUCAGAGUUUAGUAGAGUCCGGAUGUACAUUAACCGCGCAAGUGCAGGGUGACACCGAUUUUACUACGAAUCAAAUGGUCUUUAGUGGGUUUGAUGAACCCUACUUGAUGAACAAUGGCCUUGGUAUACGGACUCAUACCGGUCAUGGUAAUGGGCAUUCUCAGAUACAGCAAACUACGACGCAGCAGACAAACCAGCUGAAUUCGAUCAACUGUCAGAAUUUGCAGAACAUGCAGAAUACCAACAUGAACAACAUGUUCAAUGGAACGACGGAACCUCUACUAAGCCUGCCCAACACACAAUCGCUUAUCGAACCGCAAACACCAACGAUACCGGAGAUCGUGUUUACAGAUUAUUCGACCAGGGACGAUUUUGAAGCUGAUCUUGGGCUUGGUCAUAUGGAUUUUCAAAGCAUUCAAAUGCUUUCCGACACCAGCACGAUGAUAGACCCGAUGGAUGAGGACAGUUUUCGGCGAGAUUUACAGUAGAGCGAACCAACAUGCGCAGGGCCUAUCGAAUGUGUGUCUGUCAGCCGCAUAGUUGUUUGUUGAUCGACCGUUCAACGUUACACAGUACUGGGCGUAAAACCAAAACACAGAUAUCCCCGUUGGGUGGGUGGGUGGCGGGAAAUAGUUGAUGAUAACUGUUGAUUCGAGGCUGACCGCGUAGGUGGUACAAUAUAAGAUGGAACGACAAAGUGUAAAGUUAAACGAUGCUUAUUGAUUGUAAAGUCUAGCAUACCUGCAUCUCUAGCGUUAUCGAGCUGUAAAUGGUUAUGUUUUAAUGUUCAGUUAAACCUUUGCCCACAAUACGCGCAUUGACAUGUUACAUUACCUAGAUGUUUUGAUUUUUAGAACUAGUUGACAUUAAGCUGUUUUAUCUUAAUACCGGAUGGGUUAAAUAAGCUUUUGAUUUGAAAAAUGUUAGUUUUCCUCAUCUAUGUUUCAAUUUCAAACGUCAACGAGUGUUCUUUGUUGACGUUGAUUUGUUAAAAGAUUUGUGUUACAUGUUUUGUUCCAUAUUGGCGAACAAACUAAUAGAAGAUAUGGAAAGACUUUUCAUCAGAAGGUAAUACUUGUUUCAUUCUGUUUGCAUUUUCUUUGCUGUCCUAGCAAUGAAGCUCUGAAUAACUGGAUGUAUGUUACGUUUAUGAAAUGGAUAAAGUUAUCGGUUUUGAUAAAUGGAAUACGCAGCUUUUAAGUUUGUGUUUGCUUAACGGGUAAGAAGGAUUUUCAAAAUUAACACCAAAUCUUGGUGAAUUAAAGGGUAGAGAUAAUAGAUUGUCAUGUAGCACAAAAUUUGAUUAAAAAUCAUUGGCAUGAUCUGUGGGCUAUUGUUUGUUUUUUUUUUUUACUUCAAAUUCGUUCCAAUGCGAGUUUUGAAAAUAUUUCCUCCCUACAGAUGCUCGAUUGUACGAUUGGUAACAAUACGCUUCUUUUGAUUAAAUUUAAAGCUGCUCGUUAAAAUCUUGUAUCGUUAUUCAUUAUAUCGAAAUGAUUUUUUGCAUGACGAUAUGAUUUGACGAAAUUUUUUAUUAUUAUUAUUAUUAUUAUGUUUCAUUGUGUUUUGUGAUCGAAUUUCAGUGAAGGGUUAAGAAAAGCGCUAGCUCCCUAUAGCAUAGAGCGAAUGGUGAAACAGAUAGAGAGGGAUUUGUUCAAUAACAGCAUUAGUCUAUACUAAUAAAACCAUGAUUCAAUUCGAGGUGGGAAACAGCAUCGAAUGGAAUGGAAUGAAAGAAAAAAAACAGCACCACUCGAGUAGAUGUAAAUCUUUUUACCAUACGGAAGGAAACCCAUUAUUCAAGAGGAGUGGAUUGCUGCAAGCUGGUGAGGAAAACCGACAGUAAUGUUCUCUGUGUAAUGCUCUGUUUUAAAUGUCUCUUAGCAGUUAAAAACGAAAAACAUUGUGCUAUUUACUGAUAAUAAAACGGGAUGAUAAGUUAGGAUAAAAUGUAGCUAAGGUUUAAUGCAAGUUUAGGUAGGAAACGAAAAAAGCAGAUAGAGCAAAAAACGAAUGGAAAAAAGGAUAAUAAAGUUUGUGAACAAUAAAAAUGGACGAUGAAGAGAGCACUUUACUUUAACUGGAAGUAUAAAGUUCGAACUAUAUCCGGUACCCGAACAAUAUAUGGAAGAUGAUGAUGCUUAACAAAAUUCACUGGAAAAAGUGCAAGAGUGGGCCGCAGGUCAUAGCAACUGAGCAGAAAUCUCUCCAAAUGCGACGCAAAUGCUUGAUUUUUACGCAUUACUAUUGAAGCUAUUCGUUAUUGCGUUCCUGUACGAACGGCAAAUAACUCAAUAGUGAAAUAAUAGAGCGUUCGGCUGUGCAUGAAUUUUGACCGGAAAAGGAAAAUCGAUAGAAGCUCCACAAUUGGAGAACGACACAAAGAACGAAUAAAAACGAACGAUAGAUAGAUAUUGCGAAUUACGGGGCGCACAGUGACCAUUCUGGUGGUGUGAUGAAGAACAGCAACGGAAGCUGAAAAGGGGAAAGAUUUGAAUGUAAAAAUAUCGUAACAUAUCAAACUGUACGGAAAUUGUUUGUUAGCUUUAUCCAAUCUUCUCCCCUAACCGAUGAUAAUAAAAGCUUACGACAGUGAUCGAUUGCGAGAUGGGUGGUUAUAUGCUAGCUUCAGCAAACAACAAGUAUGUGCACCACGAUCAAUACGAUCCCUUAUACCGAAAAUAACGAAAUCAAAAUCCAUUGCGCGAAGUUGGACUGAUCCAUGCGGUUAGGCAGAGAAUGUUGAAGUACAAAAAGCAAGAGAAUAUGCUUAAAUCUUUUAGAUGAAUUCAAAUGUUUGAAAGUGUAUACCAGGGGAAGGAAUCAUCGUACAUUAUAUAAAUAUCUCUCUCUCUCUCUCCCAGUACACGUUGCGCAUUUUCUGUGUUUUACUAUGAAGAACUCAGUGUUCCUAAAGCGAUUCUUUAUGUCCGUGUUAUUACUCUCUCGCUCGAGAUUAGGGCAUCUUUUGAGUAAUGGAAAUUGUCACAUUAUCUUGUGAUUGGAAAAAUGGAUUUUAUUAUUUACUGUUUUAAUACAUAGUGAUAGUACAGUGAUGACAGAGCAACCAUUAAUGUGUGACAAAUAAGUGCAAACCCUUCAACUCUGUACAAAACUUACUGCAUACUUAUUAAGGCUAAAAUAAAUCCUUGCCCUCGUCUCAUUUUUAAAAUAAAAAAAACAUCUUCGUUAUUCUCUCUCCCUAUCUUUCUCUCUAUCCUACCACGCAUUUUUCUCUUUCUCUUCCCUAUUACCUGUAACUUGUACUGCA